AUGGGUGCGGUGGGGGCACCAAGGGAGAGCAGAAACCGGGCUGCUUGCAUUCCCUCUGUGGUGUGAAUCACAGUCCAUUCAACCUUCCUAGCUGCCAGUACAAACCCCCUGCAAUUGCUAAUCUGCAGCGUAGAAUUAAGGUGCCACCUAGUGGUUGAAGAUUGGAGAGUAAGAGAAAUAAUAAUAAUAAUAAAACACGAUCUAGAAUCCCGGCCAGUUAAAGCCCUGUUCUGGGUUUACACGAAAACAUAAAAAGAGUCUGCUGGAUCAGGCCUGCAGCCCAUGUAAUCUAGCAUCCUAUUCUCAUAUGGGAUCACCCAGGUGGCCGUGGGAAAUCUGCAAGCUUGACCUGAACCCAAGAGAUACCCUUCCCUCCUGCGAUUUCCACUGGUAUUCGGAAGCUUUGCUUCCUCUGGCUGUGGAAACAGAGCACAGCCAUUGUGGCUGGCAGCCACUGAGAGCCCUCUCCUCUAGGAGAUGCAGGACUGUGUGUUUAUAAGAUCAAUGAGACUCUUAAUCUCAGGGCUGCGUGUUCAAGGCCCACGUUGGCCAGAAAGAUCCCUGCAUUGCAGAGGAUUGGACCAAAUGACCCUCAUGCUUCCUUCCAACUCUAUGAUUCUAUGAUCACAAUUCAGCAGAAACAAUAUCGGGUCUUGCGGCACCUUAAAGAUUUAGACAUGUAUUGGGGGCAUGGUGCUUUGCGGACUAGAAUCCACAUCAUCUAUAGUGGUACCUCUUGAUGCGAACGGGAUCUGUUCUGGAGCCCCGUUCGUAUCCUGAAGCAAACGUAACACGCGACUGCGCAUCUACAUGUUGCGUUUCACCGCUUCCACGCAUGCGUAUGACGUCAUUUUGAGCCUCUGCACAUGCGCGAGUGGCGAAUCCCGAAAGUAACGCGUUCGAUUACUUCUGGGUCGCCGCAGAGCGCAACCCGAAAACGCUCAACCUGAAGUGUAUUCAUCCUGAGGUAUGACUGUAUUGCAUGAAUUGUUAUCUUUGGAUGAGAGGAAUAUAUGCAGUGGUACCUCUGGUUACGUACUUAAUUCGUUCUGAAGGUCUGUUCUUAACCUGAAACUGUUCUUAACCUGAAAGACCACUUUAGCUAAUGGGGCCUCCUGCUGCCGCCCCACCGCCGCCACAUGAUUUCUGUUCUCAUCCUGAAGCAAAGUUCUUAACCCGAGGUACUAUUUCUGGGUUAGCGGAGUCUGUAACCUGAAGCGUUUCUAAACUGAAGCAUAUGUAACCUGAAGCAUAUGUAACCUGAGGUACCACUGUAUAGGCACAUGGGCAGAGGUGGGGAUCCUCUGGCUUUCCAGAUGUUGCAGAGCUCCAGCUUCCUCGCAGGCUCAGUUUAGCGUAGCCAAUGGCCAGGAAUGAUGAGAGGGUUAUGAAAUGCCAUUAAAUGAAAAAAUUACCUGUGCAAAAUCAGCACGGUGACCAUUUGCAGCAUCAGUAGUUGGAGACCACACAUUCAUCCUGGCAUUUGUUGAGUAGAUUUGACCCCUGUAGUGGAAGCAGAAAACCACUGUGUCCGUUCACACCCAAACAGGCUCGAGUGUGCGUCUGCCAAACCCAGCUCUCUGAAAACCUCAGAGUUCCUUUUCUAGCCACAGUUGUUUGGAGGGGAGGCUUGAAAACCGGUGAGCCCCACUUGGCCAGCUGAAAUCUCAGAAGCAGCAGUUGCUGAAAGAGACUUCCAAUAACCAGAGGCCUUGCCCCAUCCCCAUGUUUGUAGGAAAUUGUGAAAAGGAAAGAAAACCAUGCUUGAAGAAAAUGUUCCAUUUAACAUUUGUUUAAAAAGCCGAGGCAUUUUUGUUGGGGAUUGUAGGGAAAGACCUGCCAAAAAAGCUGGAAAACAUCUUCAUGUAUGCGACAACGGCCGCAAGAGUUCUGGUAGCACAAGGAUGGAAGACUGAAGAAACCCCAACUAAAGAAGCAUGGCAAGAAAAAGUGAUGGACUAUGCAGAACUGGCAAAACUGACAUAUAAGCUAUGGGACAAGGAUAACUGUGACUUUAAGGAUGAAUGGGAACCCUUUACAAAGUAUCUGAAGACGCAACAAAGCGAACUGGACUCCUUGGCAGGUUUUGAAUAAACAUUCACAAACUUUUUAUUGAUAAUAAUCAGCUAAAUAGUUUGAGGAUCUAUACAACUUUGUAACAUGCAGAAAACGGCAGUCUCAGAGAAACCAAAGACUGGAACUGAGGGAAGUCGGGGGGUGGGGGCGGGUGGGUUCUGUGUGGGAGGGGGGAAGGAGGAAAAAUGGGGGGGGGGACAAGGAUGAUAUGUUUUUGGAUAAUAUGUCUUGUUUUAAUUUUGAAUAAUAAAAAAAAGAAAACCAUGCAAACGCUCUCUCUCUCUCCUUUUUUUGGUGUAAGUUAUACAGGUCACUGAAUUCGCCUUUUCCUGUUGCAGUUUGGAUUACCUUGGUGCAGGAUUUAUUUUUUUAUAGAAUGAUUUUCAUCGGUGAUAUCUGCUUGGUGGAAUUGGGUGACUCCAGGUACAGAUGACAGUUGUGGGGCCAUCACCCUCAGGCCUGCUUUUAAAAAUGUGUUUUGGUGCCAGCUCCACGCAGACUUAUCCUUUGACCUGGGAAGGAGCCCAGGAGGGGGGAAGCUGCAGCCCUCUUGAUGUUGUUGGACUACAACUCCCAUCAAUCCUAAGAACAUAAGAAGAUCCCUGCUGGAUCAGACUAGUGGCCUGACAGAAUCUGGAGAGCUACAUCUUCUCUGCCUCUGGGUGCCACAGCGGUGGAUUUUCUGAAUGUUUGAGGAGAGUUUUGAUGUCUUGUGUACGUCAGAAAUGGGGAACUUGUAGCCUGCCACAUUUUGUGGAACUACAACUUCCUUCACCUGUCAUGGCUGGAUGGCUGGAUGGUGGGAGGCACCAGCUGGGGAACCCCCAGGGGAACCCCCGGGGGAAGAAGGCCCAGAGCCAGUUUUUGGCGGCGGGAUGGCAGUGUCUGGUCAAAGGGUGCAGACUGGGAGGAGGAGCUGCCCAAAGCUGAAGAGGCAACAGGGUUUCGUAAGCAGGAAGAGACUGGGGCAGAGAGCAGUGCAGAAUCAGAGGUGGGAGAGGAAGAGGGCCAAGAGACAGAGUUGAGGCCGGCUGCUGGAGAAUCCAGGGAGUCCCUCUGUCCUGCUUCAGCCAACUCCCCUCCCGCCUGAUCUCCCAGAACAUGCAGAGAAAAGAAGAGGGCAGAGCAAAGAGAGACAAGACUAUGGAGCCUUAGGCUGUUGGGGAAGGAACCAGGGAAAGGAACCUUGGAGAGGAGUGGGAAGGUAGGGACCUUUAGUCCUCAGAGCUGCCUCAUUGGGGCAAGACCUACUGGGAAGAGUUGCUGGGAUCAUUCUUCUUCUUCUUCUUCUUUGGUGAUCUCUCGUAACCGAGUAAGGUUGUCUUCCAUAAACACAGUUAAAACAAUGAGUCCGUAAGUGACUGUGGAGGCCAAUUCUGGAUCCACACGUCCUUCCACAGUGGGGACAUAGGUUUCCGGGCGGAAGUUGAUCACAGUGUGGAUUUGCCAAGCGUGCCUUCCCCUUAGCUGGUUUCUCCCUUUCGUCCUGAGUUCGAGCGUCUUCAAAACCCACGACACCUUUGAUAAAGGCUGUUUUCCAACUGGAGCACUCACAGGCCAGUGUUUCCCAGUUGUUGGUGUUUAUCCUACUUUUUUUUAGAUUUGCCUUGAGAGAGUCUUUAAACCUCUUUUGUUGUUCUCCAGCAUUAUGCUUUCCAUUUUUAAGUUCGGAGUAGAGUAGUUGCUUUGGGAGACGAUCAUCAGGCAUCCGCACAACAUGACCUUGCACUGUUUUGGUUUCUUUGAAUAAAGAGUUAACUUCAAUGACACGGGGUAUUUUUUUUACUGACAUACGCCUGACUCUGGCUCCAGACAUCAGCCCUGGUCUUGGCCAUGCCACCCAACAACACCUACAGGAACAAAGCUCCCCCACUCCUGAAGCAGCCUGAUGCGCAACACAUGUUCACACGGGCCUCCGAUUCACAGCGUUUCUUUCUUUCUUCUUUCUUUCUUUCUUUCUUUCUUUCUUUCUUUUGUCCAGAUAAGCCCAACAUGGAAGGGGCAGGCACCACAGGGGGGAUCAUUGGUGGCCUCAUUGCAGCCAUCGUGGCCGUGGCCGUGGUGGCCACCGGCAUCCUGAUCUGCCGCCAGCAGCAGAAGAACCGGAUGGAUCGCGAGGAGGACGAGUGAGUGGAUCAGUUUGCUCAGGGCUGAGGGCCAGGAUCCAGAUAGAGCGCAGGGGGCCUGGGAGAUGGGCAACGGGGCACGGCAAGAAAGGGAUAACCUCUCCUCCUCCUUCUCCUGCCACUUUUGGUCUGGGUUCAGAUUGGGCAGGUGAAGUGUCGUUGGCGACAAAUACCACAGGCUCGCACAACUCUAACUGAAACAAAUGAAAAUGGUUUAGUUUUCAGAUGAUAAUAAUAAUAAUAAUUUAUUUAUACCCCGCCCAUCUGGCUGGGCUUCACCGGCCACUCUGGGCGGCUUCCAACAAAAUAUUAAAAUACAGUAAUCCAUCAAACAUUAAAAGCUUCCCUGAACAGGGCUGCCUUCAGAUGUUGUCUAAAAGUCUGGUGGUUGUUGCUCUCUUGGACAUCUGGUGGGAGGGCAUUCCACAGGGCGGGUGCCACUACCAAGAAGGCCCUCUGCCUGGUUCCCCGUAACUUGGCUUCUCGCAGUGACGCAACCACCAGAAGGCCGCAAUAGAGAAUCAGUAUGGUGGGUCUACAAUGCAGGAACAGCGACCCAAAUUUCUAGGGGAUUGGCUCAGCCUUUGCCAACCUGGUGGCUUCCAGAUGUUUUGUGGUCCAAAACACCUGGAAGCCACCAGGUUGGCGAUGGAUGUAAUUAUUUCUGCACUUUUCCCAUCUGCAUUGUUUGCCUAGGUCCUUUGCUAUUCCUUUAGCAUAGGCCUACCGUUUUGAUUCUCUAUCGCAGGGGCUCUCUGGCCUGCCAGAUGUUGUUGGACUCCAGCUGCCACCAGCCAUUGACCAUUGUCCAGCGCUGGGUGGGCUGUUUUGGGGGACACAGGUCAGCAACACCUGGAGGACCAGAGGCUGGGUGUCAACAAACCCUUUAAAUCUGGCCUACCAUCUUGUGAGUAGGUGGCCCUUUUUGCUGGCAUCUCUUUACCCAUUGGGGUGCAAAUCUGAACUCAAGAUUAACACCCACUACCUAGGGCAAUGGUAUUCAACCUUUCUGAGUCCAUGGCUCCCUUGACCCACCUAAAGCACAUUAAAGCACAUUAUCUCCAGCCAGCCCUCCAGCCCUGGUAGUCAGUGGUUUGGCAGCUUACAUCCUCACCUGAUGGUCUUCCUUCCUGCCGUCUAUGCAGCCAGGAAGGACCCCCUGCUUACAAGCCGCCCCCACCCUGCCAGCUGUCUGACGAAACAGAACCGGUAAGUAUCUGUGGCUUGAAGUAGCCAGGAUAUGCUCCUGACACACAGAGUUAUUUUUUCAGCUUUUUGGACUGUUUUGGGAGGAACAAAAUUAUAACAGUGUCCCCAUGCGAAUUGCAGAUCCCAGGUGAUAACUUCUAGGGCAGAGCUGGGGCCCGGGACGAAAGUGGGUCGGACCUGUACCAAAGGGAGAUGGAUUCAAAUCUUUCCCAGCUCAGCUGUAAAACUCACUGGGUGCCAUUGGGCAAGGGAGGCUCUGUCUAUUUGACCCUGGUGUUAAUGAUGGCUCACAUUUCCCUGUAUCUACAAAUGGUCCUUCACCACCCCUGGCCCUACCUGCCAACUGCAUGAGGUACUUUAGGCUAAUAGACGUUGGCUGGUCCAACAUAGACCGCCCCCCUCCUGCCCCCAAAGAGCUUCAGGGCGAAGUGGGGUGUGCUGCCUGGGACUGAUAGGAAUUGCAGCACAGAACCUCUGGAGGAUGCCCGGUUGUUGAAGACUGCCCAAAACGAUGUCCUACCUACCUCGAUGGCCUCUAGGCAUCCUGAGCCACAGAAGCUGCCUUUGUAGCUGGAGUUGGCCAAGGUCCCUCCCAGGUGUGGUGGGAAAUGGCCAGAGAAUGCAGGGAGCAGACUUUGCGGGGCUCAGCAGCAGCUACCUGGCAAUUUCGUCCUUGGCGCUGGCCAAGCCACCCCUGCGCAGGCAAGACCCAUCCCUCGCAUGCUUAGCAAUCAUCAGCCUACUAAUUUCCAGGGCUGCUUGUACUCUGUGCUGAAAGACGGUGCUGUUAAUCAUUAUUAUAAUCACCAUCAUCAUCAUCUCCCAUUGGACUGGGUUAGAAUAAUAAUAUUGAAGUCAGAAAAGCUGGAUUUUAAUGUACCUGUUCACUGUUGAAGUGUGUGCAAUACCUGUUGCUUUUUGCUUAUUCCCUUCUGUUUCUGCUCUUCCUUGGGCCAGGCCAAGAGCUCAGUGGGGCAAUGCAUGUUCUCUCUGUCACUGGAGGCCUUAUUUACUCCCUCUGGCUGCUCUUGUGCUCAGAUCCUGCUUCUGGGCUUCCCACCUGACUGGCCACGGUGUGAACAGGAUGCUGGAUUCAGUGGGCCUCUGACCUAACCCAGCAGGGCUUCUUAGGCUGUGAUUUCAGCAGGCGUUGCCCACUCUCGGGCAAAGCUCUCUUUGCAAACCAUAAGGCCUAGCAACUUGCUUUUUAGAAAAUAAAAACCAAAACGCUGGGAGUCUCCAGUGAAUGUUGGCUCCCAGAGCAAAAAUCUGUGUGGUGCUUGCAUGAAAUGGCAGGAUACGCAUGGCCCUGCCAUGGCUGGCUGAGGACGAAGAGACAACGGAGGCUUUGGUGAAGCGUUUGGGCAGGGUUGCUUGCAGCAGUUUCUUCCUGCAGUUGGAUAGGAGGUGGCUGGCUGAGUCUUAAGAAGCCCUUCAGACAGCCAAAGGCGACCAGGGAUGGAUGGGGAGGGAACUAUCUGCAAUUCUGCGUGUGCUGGCGGCUCUCUCCCUCUCUGGCUGAGAGUAUCCUGGAAUUUAUUCUGACUCUGGGAAGGGAGCUUUUUCUCUCUCUUGGCUUCCUCCGGCAGUUCAGGCUGCCCCUCCCGUCUUCAUCCCACAUCUCUGGUUUAUUCCAGGUUCCCACUCCCAGUGAGGCUGAGAGUAUCCCGCUCAAAGCACCCUUUUAUGAACCCAGCACCACAGACGAUCUCUUUGGCGGGGUCGCUGCCACCGCAAUGGAGGUGAGGGGGAGCCCGUGCCAAGGAGUUUUCUCUAGGGAAGAGCCCGCGUUGAGCACAAGGGGUGCAAUCAAGGAGACCGAGCCCUCUGAAACGGGAUCCGCUCUGACACCCUGAGACUCAGCUUCUCGGGUUUACGUUGGAGAGAAAACCUAGCCUGUUAAGUUGUGGGUGAACAUAUCAGACGACACAGCGAUUCUUCAAACAGCUCUUGUUUAUUCACAGGCCAGAACAGAACUGAACUGAAGGGUUCAGCCAGCCUGCUUAUAUAGAGCUCCAGUACAACGUAACUGUAACAAUUUUCUAAAACUUAUCCAAUCACUGAACGUCACUUUCGAUCCCUUAUUUGCAUAACUAUCUACAGUAUCCCCCUGCUGGCCCAGGGUGAGAACUUCAGUACAUAAACAUAGCCCAUGCUGACCCCAGGGCCCCAUGAAGAAGAUCAGUAUAACAAACACACACAACUCUCAGGAUGUAUCCUGCUCAUCUGCAAUCAUGCCUCUCAGAGCGUAGGAUUUGGUUGUCGAGCACACACCAGGGAAUCCUGAGACUCAUGGCUUCCUUUUUGUUUUUAAAGUCCUCAAAGUUUCUAGUCCUUAUGGCUGCAAAACGUGGCAAUUAAUUUGCAAGCUUGUGGGCAAGGCUUGGUGAGUUUUCUACAAUGUAGAAAGGGGGACCAAGCAGGAUGAGUAGGGAGCAGAGGGCAGGGGACUGCUUUAGCAUCCCUCCUUUGCUGCACACUUUUGCAGACACAAAAGCGUUACACUGCCUAAUCUGAGGCUGUGCUUCUGGAUUCUCAGCAGCAUUGCUUAGGAUCCUGGUGUUUGCCUCUUGGAUUGCACAGUGCUUCAUAGUGCUGGUCAAAACAGAUCUGCCCUUCAAACUAGCUGCUCCCACAAACGGUGACCUGUCUUUCCAACACAAUUGGGCUAGCUGCAGAUAUGUUUGUUUGCCAGGUACUCUUCAGAAUCAAGAGGGACGCAGGUGGCGCUGUGGUCUAAACCUCAGAGCCUAGGGCUUGCCAAUCAGAAGGUUGGCAGUUCGAAUCCCCGCAACGGGGUAAGCUCCCGUUGUUUGGUCCCAGCUCCUGCCCACCUAGCAGUUUGAAAGCAUGUCAAAGUGCAAGUAGACACAUAGGCGGGAAGGUAAACAGUGUUUCCGUGCACUGCUCUGAUUCGCCAGAAGCGGCUUAGUCAUGCUGGCCACAUGACCCGGAAGCUGUCUGUGGACAAACGCCUGCUCCCUCGGUCUAUAGAGCGAGAUGAGCGCCGCAACCCCAGAGUCAUCCGCAACUGGACCUAACGGUCAGGGGUGCCUUUAUUUUACCUUCAGAAUCAAUAUACUAAUUCUGUGCACACCAACAGGCAACACAGAGGGCCGGCCCAACCAUUGGGCAGUGUCAGAUGUCCACCUCAGACAGCUGAAUUGUGGUGUUUUGAAGGGGCCAUGAACUGUUAUUUAUUUUAUUAUUGUAUUAAGUCCCAAAAUAUCUUGGUGAGCUUUGGAGACCUUGACUUGUGAGGGAGGGGCAGCAUUUGUUGCUCUGCCUCAGGCAGCAAAAUGUCUUGGGCCAGCCCUGAUUACAAGAAAGAACAAGAAAUAGGUGCAACAUAGUCUGUGACACAAGUGCCUUGUGGCACGGCUCCUUAGGGGGCGUGUUUAUCCAGCCCCCACAGCUUUAGCUAGGGCCCUCCUAGUCUGGGGCUUGGGCCUGGCCACGUUAGCUGAGCUCAGCACAGAGAGAGCAUGCAAUGUUGACCCCUGUGACUGGCAGCCAGGAUGAUGCCUCUGGGUUGGCCUGGCCUGGCCACCAUCACACCAUACAUUUAAAGAGCUAUGAUACCACUUUAAACUGUCAUGGCUUCCCCCAAAGAAUUCUGGGAGCUGUAGUUUGUUAAGGGUCCUGAGAGUAGUUAGGAGACGCUUUUCGCAGUCACAUAUAGGCACUUCCCAGAGUUCCCUUUGCAGAGGGAUUGAUUGCCAAAUCACCCUGGGAAUUGCAGCUCUGGGAAGGGAAUAGGGGGUCUCCUAGCAACACUCAGCACACUUAGUGAACUACAGCUCCCAGAAUUCCAUGGGGGAAGCCAUGACAUGGUCAUCAGGCCCUGGCUUGGUCAUCAGAGCAGCAUGGUCUCCACUUCAGUUCAGAUUUGGCUGCUCCUGUCUCCAAGCCAAGCCUCCAGCUCCGGGAACACAGCCUCCCACCCACCUCAGUGUAAACACUGUGGGAUGCAACAAGGGAUAUGGGGGGGACGACAGCAGUUAAGUAAAUAUCCCCCCUCCAAACCACCAAUUCAUUCCUUCCCUCUGCAGGAGGCCCCGCGAUACCACGAGCUGCCGACGCUGGAAGAACGAGAGGCGGUGGCAGGUGCUGGCCCCAGCAUGGAGGACGAAUAUCUGGACCAGAUCAACCCCAUUUAUGACGCGCUCUCCUUCGCAGCCACGGAGGAAGAGGCCGCCAUGGCUCCCAUGUCCACCGACAAGGCCUUUAUCAUGUCCAGGGCUAUGUAUGUCUGAGCCCUGAGGCUGGAUUUCCACCCGAGGCCCAGAGAUGAGGAUGCUGUAUCUCACGCUGGUCCUGGAGAGAUGCUGCUUCUUUUGACGCUAUAUCCCGUUAGAUGCCCAGCGUGGUUCCCUUGAAAAUCCCGGGUUUCUCGUGUGCCUUAGAUGGGCCGGAGCACGUCCUGCUCCAAGCAGGCCUUCUCAUUCCUUCUGUUCCUUCUCCAGCAAGGCCAGAGCUGUCCCACCAUGCCAGACAUACGUAGUGCCUUCAUCUUUUGUCUUUUGAAAUGGGCCUGAUGGCGGCUUAUACCCUCCCAGCCUCUCCCAAAGUCUAGUGGGCCUUCCUGAGCCAGAUUUCCCUGACCCUGAGCCAUCUGGCUGUCGGACAAAUGCUACGUUUACAGUAGAAUCCAGAGUCCUCAGAACCACUUCCCAUGCGUGGAUACAGGGGCCAAGUACCUCUUGCAGCUGCUCCCCCCAUGGAGCUAGCUAUUGACUCCUGCUAUUGACUCCUGCCAAAGCCAGUUGGGGAGGGGGAGGUGGAUUUUAUACCUCCUUAGGUACCCCCCCCCAUUCUCUUGGUGCCCCUGUAUUAACCUCUCCUGCCUGGAGGAUGCCUGGCACCUGGUAAAACGACGACUCCUGGGCUUUGCCACUUUGUAUUGCAGACGGAGGUUGCCCGAUUGCUCCCCGCCACCCCCAAAAGGGAAAAGAAUCCUACACAGAGAAAAUGGGCAUGUUGGGAAGAAGUCUUGGCUAGACUCCCCCAGCAUCUAGUUUUCUCUGGGUGAAGAGUUUUCCAUGUGUGUCGGGGUGGGGGAGAUUCAGCCGCGCAGUUCCAUCUGCACUCUGGAACGGAACAACACCAGAAGAGAGCUUUUUCUCUCUAGACCAGACUCUGAGAUACAAUUGGAUCUUCACAUGACAUGAUCACGCCUUGGUGAACGUUUAGGCUCCUUCCAGAAGGCACAAGAAAUGCCUGCCAGGUGCCUGGCAAGCACCACCACAGUGUUAGCCAUCUUUGGGGUUUGACGUGCUAGAUUCCUCAGCCAUGGGGUGGGCAACUUGUCGCGGGUACUCCGCUUCUCAUUGUGUCCUCGAAACGAUCUCGGCAUGCGCUCCCAACUGCACAUGGCGUCUCCCACCAAGCACCCAAGAGUAUUGCUUCCUCCUUGCCCUAAUACACUGCCAGCCCCAGGGAGUUGGGGGUUCCCCAUGUGAAUGAGUGCAAAAGAUAGGGUCUCUUGCUGUUGAAAGCUGAACUCUCUUCCCCAAACAACCAUAUGCACACCCCCCGGGAGGUUUCAGCUGCAACAGAAUAUGCCUCGUAGCCUUCCUGCAGAAAGCCAAGGGCAAGUGGCAUCUCCUUCUGCGGCAGUAUUCAAGGAGUGGCUGGGCAGGUCUCCGCAAUGAGUGCUUUUUAAAAAGGGGCUAGGACAUCCCUGCUUGGGCUGCCUCCCAACUGCAGUGUUGAAGGUUCCAAUUUAGCACUAGGCCAGGGAUAUGAGCUGUGACAACCUUUUUAGCAAGGGGAUUGGAACGGGACGGACUUGCGCAGGUAUCUGUGCAUAACGAUCUCUCCUUGGCCUGCGGCACGUCAUCAGGACUCGACCCCAUGCCAAAUCCUGGAACCUGAAGGGUGGCAAGGGAGCUUGUGCUGCCCCACUCGGCUCUGGCCAAGGGAGGGGACUGCAGGGAGAACAGCAAGGAAGGAUCUUCACAUCAGUUGGGCAAAGUAGGUCAUGUGGCAGCUCCCUAUAAAAGCUGCCAGGCGCAGGUUACUGUUGCUGUGUUGCUGGCAAGAGGCCACUUUCGUCCACAAGCCCAAGUUUGGAGUGCUGUGCCUGAUCUCGCCUGUUACCCCAACAAGGACCAGUUAGGCUGGCAGGGACUGUUGCAGUAUGACGUCGCUGUGAAGCCUUCAGGUGUCUGCAGCACAUCUGGCAAUCAAUCAAUCAAUCAAUCAGCCAAUCAACCUCCCAUCUAGAUUUAGUCACUGUCCAGAAGUUUGGUGGACCUUUAGUUGUUGUUGGCCUCCCAACAGCUUCUACCAGCAUUGCUAGCGCUAAGAGGUAGUGAUGGGAGUUGUAGUCCAGCAAUGCCUGGAGGUCCCCUGGUCUCCCAGCCCCACACAUAAGAGGAUACAUGGGGAUCUUUCCAUGUUUCAGAGUUUCCACUUUUGAGUGGGGAGGUUGGUGCCACAAACUCCCGCUGGCAUGAUUUUCCUAUAGCUCAGGCUCCGGUUGCUACUUGAAUUGUGAAUCUGUUCCCCAAGAGCUCAGGAGCCGCCCGGGUUUCCGGGCUCCUGAUCUGAAAAUGUGAAGGGUUGUUUUGUAGGUUUGCUGUUUUUAGCUGUUGCUUUUUUGCCACUGCUGCUGUUUCCCCUGGGCGCAGGUACAGAUUGGCGCUGCAGGAUUUUUUAUUGUGAUUACGAUUGUUUUUUACUACCUGUUCCUCUUGACUUCACUGAUCUUAACACUAAUGCCAUGAAUCUCAGGGUCUGAGGGAAGGAAUGAUUGAAACACAAGAUGCCUUUUCCCCUCAAUGCCCUUUUCGUGCCUUUGCUUGACGCUGAAUGGACAGAUCUCAGUGGGAACACAGAUGGACUUACUUCUUUUUUAAAUAAACUUUUUACUGAUGUUGUUUCUUAAAAAUAAAUGUUUUUCAAACCCUCGUAAUGACAGCAUAAUGCUUUGUGGGUGAGGAGGGCCUGAACAGUUCCUGAUUUGUUAUCUUGCAGUGGGCUAGGUGUCCUGGGGAGGGUUCGGAGACGUCCACCGAUUUGAUGCCUAGAUAAAUAAUGAGCCUUGGAUCACACCCACAACAUAUAUAGAAAGCACGAGGCUUCCUCACAAAGACUCUUGGGAAGUGCCGUUUGCUCAGGGUGCUGGGAAUUGUAGCUCGGUGCAGGGUAAACUAGAGUUCCCAUGAAUAGAUAUUGGGAGGAAGAAGCAAUUUCUAUCUCCAUAUAUAUAUAUAUAUAUAUAUAUGGAAUAUAUCAACAUUCUGGGCGUUGGCCUGACGUUAAGGAAAGACAAGGAUCCUACAAGCCUCCCAUGUGGGUAACUAUGGAAACCUUCGGCGCGCGGAACCCAACGGCGCUCACAAAGAUGGCGCCGCCCGUGGGGUUUUUCCCUUUACUUCCUCCCACCUAUCAAACUCUAUGGUUUUUUGGCGGGCCACUCUUGCCCCUUCAGCUCGGUGGCCACCUGACCUUGCUCCUGUUCUCCGCAGCUGACCUUGCUGGCUUGGCGGGGGUCGCUCCGCCUCUCCAUUAAGAAAAGCAGCCAGUGACAAGGCGGCAGGGAACCCUAUCCCCAGCGCCGUUCGAAAAGCAACCAAUGGGGACGCGGCGGCCCCGCGGAAAGAGAGACCAAUGGCCGAGAGGAGCCCGCAUUCAUUCCCAUAACCGGGCCAAUCGGGGCGGACGGCACGGCGAGCCCAACCAAUAGGGAGUCCGUGCUUGGAGCGGAAGCGGCGGGACACGGCCAUGCCUGCGAGCCACGAGGGGGGGUUGCCUGAGGGGGCGAGGCUUGUGUGCGCAGCAGCCAGUCGCGCCGCGGCGGAGGGCGAGCACGGGCGGCGCUGGCCAAUGGCGGCGCCGGGGGGGCGGGGCUUGUGGACAGGCGGGUUCGGGUGUCCCCCGGCUCCGGCUCUCUCUGCUGCUGCUGCUGCUGCUGCUCUUCCUGCCGCCGCCGCCACCGCGUGAGUUGGGAGCGGGGCAGGAGAGUCCGGGGCCGGAGGGCGGCGGGGCUCCGGCGGGGCGGGAGGGGAGGCCGCGCGGGGCGGAGAAGCAGGGCAGGGCAGCUAAGCAGGCAGGGAGGCAGGCAGGCACGCGAGGGGGGAAGGAGGGGGAACCAAAAUGGACUCUGCAGUGAGGGGAGUGGGAGGGAGGAGCUCUGGGAGAGGGUGGGCCCAAGGGUGGGGGAGGGGAGGGCCCAGGGGUGCUGCUGGGGGGUGGGGUGGGCCCAGGGGGUGGGAAUCCCUCCUGCUGCGAGAGGAUCUCCCUCGGCCCAAGCCACCGGUUCCCGCUUUCACGGGAAUGGCCGCAGCUCGUCGGCAGAGCAUGUGGCUUCCGCUCAGGAGGUCCCAGGUUCAAGCUGCAGCAUCGCUCCCCCCAGGUAUAAAACUCCUGCCUCAAACUCCGGAGAGCCCCUGGUGGUGCAGCAGCCUGUAGCCCCAUAGCCUGAAGUGGGGGAACAUGGAGAAGAUUGUUUCUAGACUUGUUCUGAGUGCGAUGUUGGUGUGUCUUUUAGAGUGGUCUACAGCUACACGCAGGGCUUGCCGAUCAGAAGGUCGGCGGUUCGAAUCCCCGCCACGGGGUGAGCUCCCGUUGCUUGGUCCCUGCUCCUGCCAACCUAGCAGUUCGAAAGCACGUCAAGUGCAAGUAGAUAAAUAGGUACCACUCCGGUGGGAAGGUAAAUGGCAUUUCCUUGUGCUGCUCUGGUUCGCCAGAAGCGGCUUAGUCAUGCUGGCCACAUGACCCGGAAGCUGUACGCCGUCGGCCAGUAAAGCAAGAUGAGCGCAGCAACCCCAGAGUCGGCCACGACUGGACCUAAUGGUCAGGAGUCCCUUUACCUUUACCUUACAGCUACAUGCACAUCAGAUCUGCCAGGGUUUCAGGCAGGAGUUUCCCUCGCCACUUCCUGGAGAUGCUGGGGAGAAUUCUGAAUUGGCCAAAGCCUCAUCGCAGGGCCACCUGGAAGUGCCCCACGAGCACUAAUGGUGAUCUGGCGAGUGCUAACUAAGUAAUAGAGAAUCUGCUUUGGAUGGCGAAGGGCGCAAGUUCAGUCUCCCAGAAACUCUAGGUAGGACUGGGAGAUUUUUCCUCAUGCUCUGGCUGAAAACUUGAAGGGCAGUUGCCAGCUUUGUGGUGCAUCAGCCUGGAAUACGUUUGGGGGUGAAGACUCUGAAUUUACAAAUGUUUCAUUGCAUGGUUGCCUGGAAGUGCUCACCACUCACCACAGGUGACCCGGUGAGCGAUUACCCAGUGGCUAGAGUAUCUGCUUUGGAUGUGGAAGGGGACAGGUUCAGUCUCCCGGCAACUGCAGGUACGGCUGGGGAAAAACACGCACACUUCUGAAACCCUGGAGAGCCACUGUCAGCCAGUAUGAACUGGACUGAACUGGGUGGAUCCCCAUAGUCAGACUUGUUAUAAGGCAGCUUCCUACGACUGCAGCCUAACUGCAAGACCUGGGAAUGUCAGCUCAGACACUUGCGCAGGACGGCAGUCUUGAGUAUCGCAGGCUUCCCCUUUUGCUCCUGCUGUACUGUAUAAGCAUUUCAGUCCAGGUGGUUCUUGGCAUGUAUACCCUGAUGCUUCAGAAGUGCUCCCUUUUUAGGAGAAGGGGGCUCAGUGGUAGGGCAUACGUCCCAGUUUUGGUCAUCUGCAUCUCCUAGUAGGGCUGUCAAUGCCCCCUGCCUGAAACCCUGGAGAGCUUUUGUGAGUCAAUGUACACAGUACAGUGGUACCUCAGGUUACAGACUCCGCUAACCCAGAAAUAGUGCUUCAGGUUAAGAACUUUGCUUCAGGAUGAGAACAGAAAUCGUGCUCCAGCAGCGCGGCGGCAGCAGGGGGCCCCAUUAACUAAAGUGGUGCUUCAGGUUAAGAACAGUUUCAGGUUAAGUACAGACCUCCGGAACGAAUUAAGUACUUAACCCGAGGUACCACUGUAUUGAGCUAAAUACACUCAUGCUUUUAGGCCACUAUUAUAAGAGCUUUAUACUGGGUUGUGCUGCUGAUCUUUCUCCACUCACUCCUCAACCUCCCUUCCCCCAACUGUGGGUCCCCAGAUGUUUACUACAGCCCCAUAGCCUGUAGCCCCAUAGCCUGAAGUGGGGAAGCAUGGAGAAGAUUGUUUCUAGACUUGUUCUGAGUGUGAUGUUGGUGUGUCUUUUAGAGUGGUCUACAGCUACACGCACAUCAAAUCUGCCAGGGUUUCAGACAGGAGUUUCCCCCGCUGCUUCCUGGAUAUGCUGGGGAGCAUGUAGCUUACCACUGAGCUACAACCCUGUCCUAUAUUAAGCCAGGAUACUGCUCUGUCUCUUCUGUCAAUGAGUCCUGCCAUUGGUCAGCAACCAGUGGAAGCAGAUUGACCCAGGCCAUCGGUCUGCUUCUUUGAACCUGAUACUAGGAAUUGGUGGCCAUAUUCCAACCUUUGCUCAUUGCAAAGCAUAGGCUGUCACAUUGAAGAAUGGCCAUUUCUGAAGGCCCUGAACAAAACCUUCCGCUUGAGCAGUUCUUUCCUUCUCCCUAGCUCCUCGCCAUGGGUAAUGUCCUGGCUGCCAGCUCCCCAGCGCCCCCUGCUGCCGUGCCAGGGCCGGGUUCUGGCCUCGUAUCGGUUCCACCGGGAUUCUCCAUGCCCCCUGUCAGUGGGCUGGUUCCCCCAGCAGCAGAUCGUGCCACAGAAGACAAGUGUGACCAGCUUCCCAACCCAGGCACCUUCGAGGAGUGUCACCGCAAAUGCAAAGGUAAAAUGCUCCACCAGCACAUGGCAAAGGAAGGCAGCACCUACCUCACGGGACUCUUGUGCUCCUAAAACAAAAGAAGCUCAUGUUUCUCCGUGUUGUCAGAUUUCCAGCUUACUGAGUUCAUAUUUUGCCAUGCAAGUUGCCUGUUUAGAGCAUGUCUCUGGUGUGUCUGGUCUGUGCGCAGACUCUGGGAUCCUCUCUUGAUAUUUUUUUUUAUUUCAUGCACAUUGCGUGUUCCAUCAUGUAAACUGAAAGCUGCAUCUUUGGGGUUUCCCACGUGGUGUUUCAUCCAGGCACUGAGCAGAUCCAGAUCUACUAUGUGACUUUGGAUUGGAUCCUGGGAGCAUGGAAGUAAGACAUGCUCUGAGAGUGCUCCCAUCAAAUUAGUGAGAACCCCAGUUUCUUUUCUGAAAGCAAAAGCUGCAAUGCUACGUUUUCACGAUAACCUAGCAGCGAUGUGUGCUAAAGACUUGGUUAGCCAGAAGGCAGGCAGAGACCCUGAUCUGUUAUCUCUUCUCAGUGGCUAAGAGGGAGCUGCCAAGGCAGACGCCAGUUCAAAUCUCCCCUUGGCCAUGAACAUGGGUAGGCAAACUAAGGCCCGGGGGCCGGAUCCAGCCCAAUCGCCUUCUAAAUUCGGCCCAUGGAUGGUCCGGGAAUCAGCAUGUUUUUACAUGAAUAGAAUGUGUCCUUUUAUUUAAAACGCAUCUCUGGGCUAUUUGUGGGGCCUGCCUGGUGUUUUUACAUGAGUAGAAUGUGUGCUUUUAUUUAAAAUGCAUCUCUGGGUUAUUUGUAGGGCAUAGGAAUUCGUUCAUUUCCCCCCUCCCAAAAAAAAAUAUAGUCCGGCCCCCACAAGGUCUGAGGGACAGUGGACCGGCCCCCUGCUGAAAAAGUUUGCUGACCCCUGGCCAUGAACUUACCACUUGACCUUAGCCAUGCCUGCCUUAUUUCAAUGUGCAAUAUGGGGAUAGCAGCGCUGGCAUUAUUUGUAAACUUCUUCUAAGAAGAACUGAAAAUUCCUUGCUGGCUUUCAGUUGUAUAUCUGUGCAGUAGAGUGUUUAGUGUGUGGGACUGAGACCUGGGAGACCAGGGUUCAAAUCCCCAUUCAGCUGUGAGACUUCCUGGGUGAUCUUGGGCUAGUUACAGUGCCAUCCUAAUCUACCGUGUAGGGUCUUUCUGAGGACAUUAUGGCGCGGGGUAGCUUGAGUAGCUUAAAGUGACAUACGUAUAAGUGUGAAGGUAAUGAUGGCAUGCCGUUUUGCACUUUUUAACAAUCCUUUAUUUUGUGCUAAAUGCUUAAUUCUUUUUAUUAGACCUCCUGCAUUCAUUUCUUGCCUUUCUUUCAUGAUGGAGCAUUGUAGAGGCUUUCUGUGCCUUUCCCAUCUGAUCUCCCAUCCAGCCACUGACCAGGCCUAGGCUUGGCUUCAGCAAGGCUGCUAUAUGCUAUGGUGUCACACCAGACACCGGAGCGUGGCUCUGUACAGGCAGUGACCGUUUCAUGCAAGGGUUCCGUUCCCAGUCCCUGUGCGCAUCAAUGGAGUGUGCAUAAGCAUGCCCUGCCCCCCAUCCCACCCCCGUUCUGCCCUCUUCCAGAUCAAAAAGACUGGCAUGUCAGCAGUUGCACGUCAAUUGGACACGCCUAAAUGGCCUCCACCUGUAAUCUGUCAUGUCCUCCGGCUGUGCAGAGUACUUAUAUAAAUAGCUAUCAUAUAAUUAUUCCAAAAACCUUGCAGACACUUUUUGAGAGGGCAUCACUGUUCCAGGGGCCAGAGACAGGCUGUAUUUUGCCCCUGCGCCUUUGGUUCCCCUUCCCUAGCACAGGAUGUAUAUUACUUGUGAUAUGGCCAAGGAUAGCUUGGCCAUAAAAUUCCAUUCCUUAGGCAGAAGGUUUCGGAGGGGCUGUCACUUUCCCGAAUCUGCUUCCCAUCUUCGCAUGCGCUUUUAAAAAAAUGAUUCUAGCCCAGAGUUAGGGAGACCGUUUCCUUUUGACUUCUUGUGAAAAAGGCUAACAGUAGGCACAAUGUAUCAGUACUAGUUUCAUUCAUUUAUGUAGUGUGAAUGUUGAUGGUCCCCUUGCUUCCUUCCAUGCCGAGUGCCAACUCUUCAUUUAAACAGUCUAAGGCCUGGUCUCACCCAUGCUGUGGGACAAGGCGGUUAGAUCAACACGGACUGGGCUAGAGGGUGUGUGGGAAUCACUUUGUGUGUGUGUACCCCUGCAUGGAAAACUUGCAAGCGAGAAAUGAGCACAUUCCGGGAGUGGGGCUAGCUUGGAACCUUUAUCCCUGCCAUGAUAAUUGAGUUCAGGGACAGCCAAUGUAGUAUCCUCCAACUCCCAUCAGGCCCAGCCAGUAUAGCCAGUUGUCAGGGAUGAUGGGAGUUGCAGUCCAAUAACACCUGGAGGUCAUCACAUUGGCUACCCAAAUUUCGUUAUUCAAUUUGCAGGAGGUUCCCCCCCUCCCCCUUAAUGCAAGGAAAGCAUUCAAAAAUAGCAGUUUAUGCAGAGAGACACAGCCUGAAGUGGUGCAGCGUAUUCUACCAAUUCAUUCUGUACACUAGACCAGACUUCAGCUAGUGCAGAUCAGACCUUCUGUUUUCCAAAAGCUGUUUGCUCUCUUAGGUUUCCUGCCAGAGGCCUGAAGGUUGGAUCUCAUGGCUCUGCCUGCUUACCUGUUUUUAUUUUUACCUGCAUGUUCAUGCUGACUCCCAGUAUGGAAAACACUUCCACACUCUCUCCCGAUUGCCUGUAGCAUGUCCUGCCUUUCAUUCAAGCAGCUCAGGGUUGCAGGUGCUGGGUUCUCUCUCAUUAGCCUUGCAAUGAGAGGUAGGCUAGGCCCAGAGUGCGGCCAAGUGGGAAUUUGAACACAUUUCCUGUAAUCAGACACUGGGCAUCUCUGGGAGAGGCCCUAAUAGCUCUUGUUUUGAGCAAGGGAAGCUUGAAAGGACAAAAUGUGACCACGUGAUGAUCUGACACCCUCUUUUCUCACCGUUUCAGAAUUAUUCCCCAUCCAGAUGGAGGGCGUGAAAUUGACUGUGAACAAAGGUCUCAGCAACCACUUCCAGGUAAGAGUGACUCCUUUGAAUUUGCAGGCAGUUUGAGAAAGUCACUCUAGAGAUUUUGGGUUGAAUCUAACUAAGUAUUGAUUUCAGUGGGCUUACUCAGCGAAUGAGUUGGAUAAAAACUAUUGUAACAGUAAACCAGGGACGUGGGUGGCGCUGUGGGUUAAAGCACAGAGCCUAGGACUUGCCGAUCAGAUUGUCGGCGGUUCAAAUCCCCGCAAUGGGGUGAGCUCCCAUUGCUCAGUCCCUGCUCCUGCCAACCUAGCAGUUCGAAAGCACGUCAAAGUGCAAGUAGAUAAAUAGGUACCGCUCUGGAGGGAAGGUAAACGGUGUUUCUGUGCGCUGCUCUGGUUUGCCAGAAGCAGCUUAGUCAUGCUGGCCACACGACCCAGAAGCUGUACACCGGCUCCCUCGGCCAAUAAAGCAAGAUGAGCGCUGCAACCCCAGAGUCGGUCACGACUGGACCUAAUGGUCAGGGGUCCCUUUACCUUUACCUUAACAGUAAACCAUGCUUUGCAGCACACAAGCCUGUUUUUAGCCCAUAGUAAUUUUUGCAAGCAAUAUUUUGCAUUAACCUGUGCAAAUGUUGAUUUAACUGCCUAUCCAGUCCUAUCUGUUCUUGGUAUUUGUGAUGCAUCAGCCUAAAAUAUAUGAGAGAGAGAGAGAGAGAGAGCACUCUGAACUGACAAUGGCUUCAAAGUGUGGUCACCUGGAAGCAGUCACUGCUCACCACAGGCGAUCUGGCCAGCGGUUGCCGAGGGCUCAGUGCUAGAGUAUCUGCUUUGGAUGCAGAAGGACACAGGUUCAUUUAUUGGCACCCACAGAUAGGACUAGGGAGAGACCCCUGUCUGAAAUACUUGAGAGCUGCUACCAGUCAGUGUAGUCAAGAUUGGGCUAGAUGGACUUACCUGGUAUACAUUGGCUUGCUGUGUUCCUACAUCUUAGUUUCACGUUGCUGUUUCACACAUUUGUUGCCUUCAGGUCAAUCACACGGUGGCUCUCAGUACGGUUGGCGACUCCAAUUACCACUUUGGGGUGACGUAUGUAGGGACAAAGCAGCUGAGUCCCACAGAGGUAAGUUUGCACGCAUUGUGGUGGGGAUAAACAAUAGGUGUUGUUUCUGCGGAUCUUGAGCAUCUGAAUAAUUGGGUCAUCCUGACUGUCUCUCAUCUGUCUCAGUCAGGAUCACUUUCUCCCAUUUUAUUUAUUUAAAAUACCAUUUAAUCACCCGCAGCAAAAGGUUUUGGGAUGGCGUGCAAAAGCACGAACAACUUUUACACGACAUAGAAACAUGAAUCUGAGAUCCUUCUGGCCAUAACUUUUGUUACUCAAGGUUAGAGAACGGGUUAUAAAUAUUUUAAUAAAAUAAAGUUGAAACAAAAUGAAAUCAAACAAAAUGUAUAACUCAAGUUAAAAUAGUUGUAUUUGGGUACUCAUUGAUUGGUAAUUUGAGGGUUCUUGAUAAUAGAACCAUAGAAUUGUUGGAGGGACCUUAUGGGUCAUCUAGUCAACCCCCUGCAAUUUGUGUCUGUUAUUCUUAUUCUUACUACUUUACUUUGUUCUCAGAGUUGUAUUUCAUGUAAUUAUGAUAGCCUCCCUUUAGACUGUACCUUGGAACAGAAUUCGAACAGCUUAGUUCCCGAAUGUUUUGGCAUAAGUGCUCUACCUAAACAAGUUACUUAUUGGUUACCCUUUGAAUGUGCCUUUGUUCCUCUCUCUGCCUCAGGCCUUCCCCGUUCUGGUGGGGGACAUGGACAACAGCGGCAGCCUCAAUGCACAGAUCAUUCACCAGCUCACAAACAAAGUUCGCUCCAAGGUGGCCUUCCAGGUACUGAGUUGUUGGCUGAGCUCCUCCUCCUCCUCUUCUCCCUUCCCACAGGUCCUCCUGCUGCUGCCAUCUUUUUGCUGAUCCAGGCCUUGCAAUAUGCCCUGGGCCCUUUGGGUCACGGGGUAUGUUGCUGGCCUGUGAUUGAGGCUUGUAAAUAUCCCUCUUUUCCUGAUCACCUACGGCGAGCAGAAUUGCCUUCCGGUGACCAGGGAGGUGCCCUGCACUGCAAAACUAGAUUCCCAUUUAAUUUACGACUACCAACUGACUAAUCCCUGUCCAUUGCUUAGGAUUGGUUGAGGAGACUUUCUUACUUUAUUUUUAUAUUUUAAUUGCAGUGUCUCCCCCUCUUAGUCUGCUCUCUCCACCGUCCCUCUUUGAUUUGGGGAUUUGCAAGGGUGGGGAAAGGGAUUGGCCGUGGGAUUCCCUGUUGUAUGUCUUGAUAGCGAUUCAGCCUCUCGGCGUCUCCUCAGAGAAGGUGUAUCUGCCUGCAAGGCCAGGCUGUGUACUUGAGAUCUCUUAAUGCCUUGACAGUGGCUACCGACAACUGACUUCUUGCCCCAUGUGUCUCCCAGCACAUGGUGGUUCAUUGUGGCCCUUGCAUGUCAAAUUCCUUGUGCCAAACAAAUGUUUCUCCUCCCCCCGGCCAUCCAGACGCAGCAAUCAAAAUUCGUGAACUGGCAGGUGGAUGGGGAAUACCGGGGCGCAGACUUCACUGCAGCCGUCACGCUAGGGAACCCCGAUAUCUUAGUGGGUUCAGGUGAGAAAGCUCCCAUUCUCCUCUCCUCAUUAGACUGGCCUUUGGCGUGGGUCCCUCUGUCUUGAGGGUGUGAGCCACAUGGCUGUAUUUCUACCUGUCAGGUCCUGACCAAUCCCCUCUCCUCUCCGCCCCACAGGGAUCCUGGUAGCGCAUUACCUACAGAGCAUCACACCUUGCCUGGCGCUGGGUGGGGAGCUGGUAUACCAUCGCCGCCCGGGAGAGGAGGGAACCGUCAUGUCGCUUGCUGGGAAGUAUACAGGUACCGACACAGCCUGCCAGAUCCGCCCGCGAAACAGUUCCCGCAAAGCAUCUCAAAGCAGUUUCACUGUAAAAACAGUUUCAUACGUAAAAGCAGCACAGAUGCGGAAUGGUAUACAGAAUUUAGGGCCGAUUUGAACUGUUCUGCGUAUCUCACUGCUUGGCUCUCCUUGGCACCAGUGUACACACAGAGGAUUAGGGUUGUCUCUCAAAAACAGAGGCAGGAAGGAUUAGGCUGCAAUUUUCAACUCCUUUAAAGAAAAAAGAUAACAUUCCUGAUUCUCAACAUGCAAUUGGGGGUGGGGUGACCAGUGCUAGCUUGAAGAGCCAAGCCUUUGCAGGUUUACUUAAAGCGAUAAGCCUUGUUUGAUUUUUGUAGAGUUUUUAAAAAAAUUAUUUUACUCAUUUAUUGAAUUUAUAUACCGCCCUAUACCCGGAGAUCUCAUAGGACUUCAGCCUUUGACAUUCUGGGCACUGGGAAAUAAAAAUCAAACUAUGUCCACCACGCUUUUCCUUGGAGUUAUUACAUGAAUGAUGCCGAGAGGUCAAAUGCAGGAAAAUGGUGCUCUCUGUGGCUUUGAUGCAGUUGCUUAAAAAAUAUAAUAUGCUACAUCAUGUAUUUGAAAUGCCCCCUUUCUGCCUUGUUGGGCCCCUAAUGCUCAAAGUCUUUAAUCUUGCUGUGGGUCAGGGCGGGGCCAGGACAGAUGAACUCUGCUUGCCCACCAGGUCUAGUAUCCUAUUUCCAACAGUGGCAAACCAAACGCUGCCAGGAAGCCCAUAAGCAGGGUGCAAAGGCAAGAGGGCUCAUUAUUUUCUGGUUAAGAGUGUGGUGCUGAUAAUGCCAAGGUUUGCAGGUUCGAUCCCCGCGUGGGACAGCUGCGUAUUCCUGCGUUGCAGGGGGGUUAAACUAGAUUGGUGUUUCCCAGACUUGGGUCACCAGCUGUUUUCAGACUACAAUUCCCAUCAUCCCUGAUGACUGGUCCUGCCAGCUAGGGAUGAUGGGAGUUGUAGUCCGAAAACAGCCGGAGACCCAAGUUUGGGAAACAGUGGACUAGAAGAUCCACGGGGUCCCUUCCAACUCUGCAAUUCUAUGGUGGCUCCCUGUAGCUUGGAGGUGGGGAACCUCUGGCCCUCCGGGUGUUGCUACACCACAACUCAGAUGCCCGUUCUUGACUGUUGGCCGUGCUGCUGGGGGCCGAUUAGUGUUGGAGUCCCAGCAGCACCUACAACAGGGGUCAGCAAACUUUUUCAGCAGGGGGCCGAUCCACUGACCCUCAGACCUUGUGUGGGGCCGGACUAUAUUUUGGGGGGGAAAAUGAUACAAGAGCACCAUGAACCCCGGUGGCUACUUACCUGUGUCUUGCGAGCAGCAGAGGCUGAUGGCGGCGGGAUGAUGAGCGGCACACGAAAUGGCUCUGGAGAGAGGGGCUGCUUAAAAUGGCGGCUGCUCGAGUGCUGCUGCUGCUGCUGGCACCAACACAGCCCAGCCCCCUUCCUCCUCUAGGCAGGGCGGGGAGAAAGCAGGAGGAGGGAGGGACGAGGUGCCGCCAUCAUCGUUUGAGGGAGAGGGAAAGAGAGCGCGUGCUGGCAAUCCACACAGGGAUUCCCGGACUGUCCGUGGGCCAGAUUCAGAAGGCAAUUGGGCCUGAUCCGGCCCACAGGCCUUAGUUUGCCGACCUACGAGAUCACAGGCCUGCCACUCCUGUUUUUCCAGCUGCUAAGGACCAGUGACAGAUCCAUGGAGGAACAGGCCUGAUGUUUUCCGAAGGAGAGGCUGGGUUCCUGGGUUCUCAGCGAUUCUUUCUCUCUUUCCCCCCCUCAGCACCUAACUGGAUUGGGACUCUGACGCUAGGGCAGGCUGGAGCACACGCCACGUAUUACCACAAAGCCAGCGAUCAGGUUAGUGGCCGCUUGGAGAUGGUUUGUGGGGCCAAGAAUAAAGCAAGGAAAUACCUCUUGCCACGAAGUCUUCCUUCCUUGGACCACCUCCUCAUCCUCCUCCCUUUCUGUGUCCUUCCAGUUGCAAGUGGGGGUGGAGUUUGAAGCCAGCACCCGCAUGCAGGACACGAGCGUGACGUUUGGCUACCAGCUGGACCUCCCCAAAGCCAACCUACUUUUCAGAGGUAUGGCAUCCGUCUCCAUCCCGGUUUAGACCGCAUGUUUCUACCCAUGGAUAAUGAGGCGUGGUGGGGAGACCUGCGUCUUGAGAGUUUCCCUUUUUGCUUCAGUUUUGAAUAUGCUGAUUCCUGGCUAGCUGGCACCCGCCGUGUGGAACGCCCUCCCAUCGGAUGUCAAGGAGAUAAACAAUUAUACAACUUUUAGAAGACUUCUGAAGGCAGCCCUGUUUAGGGAGGUUUUUAAUAUUUGAGGUUUUAUCAUAUUCUGUUGGGAUCUGCCCAGAGUGACUGGGGAAACCUAGCCAGAUGGCCAGGGUAUAAAUUAUUAUUAUUAUUAUGGCACGGCUCUGGGCAGAAAGGACCCCAGGCAGCCUCUGACUGCAAAUAAAUGUAUGAACAUGAUGCCAGAGAGAGAGCGAGGGAGGGACACACAAAUCCACGCAGACAAAAUACAGUUUAGGCCCGCCUCGUUCUGCCGGCCAGCCUCCACCGCUUCUGACCACGGCUUUCACCCUUCUCCCUUCAGGCUCCGUCGACAGCAACUGGAUCGUAGGAGCAGCCCUGGAGAAGAAACUCCUCCCCCUGCCCCUCACGUUGGCGAUGGGCGCCUUCCUCAACCACCGCAAGAACAAAUUCCAGUGUGGUUUCGGCCUGACCAUUGGCUAA